AUGACUGAAACUCUACACAAACUUGAUUCUCUGAGAACUGACAACGUUUCCUUGCAGACUGAGAUUUUGACUUACAAAAAACUCUUGGAUAACGAGGAAAAACGGUUUUUAUCACAAUUUCUUAUUGUUGAUCAAGAUGUGGAAGAGGAAUAUACAUUUCUGGAUAUCAAACUCAGUGGGCUAGUCUGCAUUAGAGUAUGGCCAGAAAGAGUCGGCAAUUCUUCAGAGAACGAUGUCAUUUGGACUAAUUUUCCUGAAAUAAUUGGAUGUGCAUCGCUUAAAAUAAUUUUCUAUAGCGAUACAAUGAAGUAUAUCCGUUUAUCCAAUUCGACUAAAAUUGAUAAAGUUAUUCAACUCUUGACAGAGCACUGGGGACUGAACCUCCCAAAAUUAGUCAUUUCUGUUUACGGGGGAAUGAGGAACUUUGAUUUGAAUAAAAAAAUCUUAAAGAUAAUCAGAAGGGGAUUGAUUGAAUGUGCCAAAACGACCAAUGCUUGGAUUCUCACAACUGGAAUAAAUGCUGGAGCGAUCAAAGACAUUGGGGAAUCACUGUCAGACUGUUCAAGACGUGAUCGGUCAAAAUUUGCGUUAAUUGGGAUUUCUCCUUGGGGUGUCGUUUCUGACCGUCAUAGACUCAUAAACACAACAGAUUCUGAACUUGAGUAUGUUUUAACUGAAGCUUUGCUGAAUGACGACGACGAGUUUGUACAGCUGUUCCUAGAAAAUAACGUCUCUCUACACAGAUAUCUCACCCUAAGCAGACUUCAAGAUUUAUAUCGAGCUAACAACACACAAGACCCGGAGUCGAAUUUUAGCCAGCCUGAUGAAUUCACGCCUGGGAAAUACCCUUUCAACGAACUCACAAUUUGGGCAGUUCUCACCAAUCGCCACAACGUGGCCAAGUUCAUUAAUGGCAAAGGAAGUAAUACAAAAUGGACUGGAUCUCGAUAUAGCGGAAAUAUUUCGUGCUCAUUCCAAGUCGACUUAACCACUCAUUUUAGUGAGUUCAAAAAAUUAGCUUACAAUCUCCUGGACUAUUGUUACCACGAAGACGAUGAAAUAACUCUUCGGUUGCUUACAUAUGAAAUGAAAGAAUGGAGCAAUCACAACUGUCUUAGUCUUGCCGUCUCCACCAAUCACAGAGAUUUUAUUGCCCAUGGUUGCUGCCAAAUGUUAAUCACUGAAAUGUGGAUUGGUGGCCUACGAACUAGCAAGUAUAUAACACUUAAAGUUGCCGAUUGUGGCAAGACAGUCAAAUGUAUUGUGGGACGUUGGCUGUCUCCGGUCAUCAUGUCACUCUAUUUAAUUGUCGCAAACAUUCUUCUCAUCAAUUCUUUGAUUGCUGUUAACACUUUUACACGAAUAAAUGCAAUUUCAAACAAAGUUUGGAAAUUUGGUCGUUACCAACUAACUAUUGAGUACGAACAGAAACCUACCUUGCCGCCUCCUUUCAACAUCUUUUUAUUGGCGAGGAUAAUUAUUUUGAAAUAUAUCAAAAAUAAGCAAUCUUAUAAUGUGCGACAAGAGAGUGGAUUGAAAUUAUUUUUGACAGCUGAAGAAAUCGAGAAAAUACAGGAUUUCGAAGAGGAAUGUGUCGAUGACUAUUAUAGGGUUGAAGAAAGAAAAAAGAAGCAUUUAAUAGAAAAGAUUAUUCCCAAGAUUAACAAAAAGUAG